GGGGUGGGACACGGGUGUGACCGGAUCACCAGACCAGACUCAGUCCAGAGGCCCCAGGAGGCCCAGGUUAGAUGGGCACAAGUCUGUGUUUGUCCCUCCCCUUGCCUUGCCCCGGGGGCUGGGUCCCACCACCCCAAUGGGUGAGCUGUGAGUGUCCCGGUCAGUCCCUUAUGUGGCUCUGGGAAGCUUUCAGUGACCGAGGAUAUUGUGCCAACUAUGGGAGGAAUCCCCGUGGGGCAGAUGGCCCUAAGAGGGCUCCAGAGGGAGGUCAGAUUCUGGAAAGCCAGUCCAGGUAGGAGGUUAGGGCGAUGGGGGUUUCCUGGGGUCCUUAGACAGGUGGUUUCUCCUCUCCAGCCCUCAGCCUGUCCACCUGCUGGACACAAUCCGACUACUGACCUCUACAGUCUUUUCUAGAUGUUAGGGAAAAAACGGGGUUUGUUUGUUUGUUUAUGAUUGUCCAUCGGGAGGAACCAGUGGCCCACAUGCCACCUUCCCCUGACGUGCGGCCCCCAAGCUCACAGCGCCUCCCGAGGAGAAGGCUGGGGCCCUUCCCCGCGGCUGCGGGAGGGGGUCCGGGGCAGAGGCCAGCCCCUGUCCGGGCGUGGUCGUGCAGGUGGACAGCUUCACUCAGGGCGCCUCCAGGUCUCCAGGAAACCGCUUCCAGACAACAGCGUUCUUUAGUCCCCAUGGCAACAGGGCCUGCGCUCCUGUUUCCAGGGAAACAAAAUCCUCAGCGUCGCGGUUGCCACAGCAACGUCUACGGGCUUCCUCGGCCACUCGGUCGCCAGCCCAGAGGGGCAGCUGGGCACCUUGGACAGAGGAGCCAGGUGUCGUGCCGGCGUGGGGCUGGUGCACUGACGCAGGUCCUGGCCCGGCCCGGGUCCCGGCCGGAGACUCACCUGGCCGCCAAGCCCCGGCUUUCUCGGAGUCCCGCCCUCCCACUCGAGAUGAGCUCUCCCUCCAGCGAGCCUGGCCACGGGGGUGCCACCGCAGAGCGGUCCCCACUGGGGCUGGACACCGUGAUCCAGAGGCUGGAGGACACCGUCUUGAGUCCCAUGGCCAGCAGAGAAGACCGGGCACUGACCGUGCGUGGGGAAGGCUGGCCGGCUUUGCCCACCCCUGUGCCCGCCCGAAUCCGUGAGAUCGUAGCUGGCAGCCUGAGGGACGAACCACACCAAGGGCUGCAGGAGCCGCCGGCCGUGUCAGCAGGGGUGCAGGAGGAGAACGAGCGUCUGCAGGAGGAGCUGUCCAGGCUGGGGGAGCUGCUGGCCCAGGCAGACGCAGAGCAGGACGAACUGGCCGGCAGGUACCACGCGGUCAGCGCGAGGCUACAGGCCCGUCUGGAGACCACCGAGGCUCGGCUGCGGAGGUCGGAGCUGGAGCAUAGCGCGGACCUGGAGGAGGCCCUGGGCCGUUUGGAGGCCGCUGAGCAGAGGAGCACGGGGCUCUCCCAGGUGAACACCCUUCUGCGGGAACAGCUGGGGCACAUGAAGAAGGCCAACGACAGGCUGGCCGAGGAGCUGGCCAGGACGACGGACGGCGUACUCCAUCUUCGGGGCCAGCUGGAGCUGAGGGAGGCACGGCGCCGGGCAGAGACACAGGUGCUUUGCCCGCUCCUGCCCGUCGGCAGGGGACACCUGAUCUGGUGCUUUGGCUGGCGGUGUCUCCCCGCAAUAGGCUGGCACCGCUGGCAGGAUUCCUCCUGGACGCUGCCUGGAAAACGGCCCCCUCCAGGGAAAGGAGGCCGAGGCGGCCCCUGUGGGCCUGGGCCUCAGGCCGACCCCGCGGAGACAUCCCUCCGCAAGCCCCCCCGUCACUGCACCUCCCACCAGGGGGCAGCAGGGGAUCUGCACCUUUUGGGAAGACGAGCCCCUGGGAAAGGGGGCUGCAGAGCCACAGGUGAUAUGGGUGUGCUCCCCACAGAGGAUCCGGGAGAGGCGGUGUGGAGAGGCCGGUGGGGUUGCAGGCUGCACUCGCCUCGCAUGCCUGAGCAGACUCAGGCCUCUUGCUCGCAGAUCCGGCGCACACACUCGGGGGGGUCCCAGGACUUCCUCCUCCUGUGGAGACAGGUCACCGCACUCCGCGUACAGCUGGCCGAGCUGCGCACAACCGCAGAGAGGGCUCUCACCGACAUGCGCGUGGAGAUGGCCAGGACAGCCGGGCGCCUGCAAACGGCCUGCCUGGCCCUGGGCUCCAGGCUGCGGCUGGCGGCCAGCAGUGCGGCGGGCGCCCUGGAGCAGCGGCUGCGGGACCAGGUGCGGGAGACGCUGCAGCUGCAGGGCCGCUGGGACGCAGAGAAGGUGGCGCUCCAGGCCAGACUCUCUGAGCAGACGCUGCUGGUGGAGAAGCUCACAGAACAAAACUCGAAGAAGGAGAGAACCAUCUCUUCCCUCAAAAUGGAUGUCCAGAAACUGGAGUCCCGGCGCAGCGGAGGCCAGCGGGCAGCGGACACUCUGGAGGACCAAGUUGAAGCCCUACAGCGUGUCUUGAAGAGCAUCACAGAGGUGGCCCAGGAAGACGCAGGGUGCCCGGAGCGGGCGUGCAGCGUUGGUCCCGAAGCUCAGGAGGCACAGGGCCAAGUGUGGAGGCCCGGGAGCUCUGCGUCCCCCCACCGCGGGGUGUCCCCACUGCGGGCCCGCGCCCUGGACACCCUGCACCCCGCACUGCAGGCUGUGCACGUGGCUAUCGAGAGGUGGCGGCUGCUGGAGCAGGAGCUGCGCCUGCAGCUGGGGUCCUCCCAGGCGGUGGCAGCCAGUCUCCGGGAGCAGCUGUCGGAGGCCCAGCGGGAGCUGCAGGCCGCAAGGAGGCUCCUACAGGAGCGGGCGCAGGAGCAGGUGCGGGAGCCCGAGGACCUCCUGCGCGAGCUGGAGGCGCAGAGCCGCGAGGCACAGCGCUGCAGGGCGUCCAGCGAGCUCUUGCAAAGAGAGAAAAGGGCUCUGGAAACGGCGGUGGAGGAGAUGAGACGGAAGGCGGCCUGUGCAGACGCAGAGAAGCAGAGGCUAGAAGCCGAGAACACGGAGCUGCACAGGAGCCUCCUGCUGUGGGCGGAACAGAAGGAAGAGCUGGUGCAGCAGGGCAAGAGGGGCCGCCGGGAGCUGGAGACCAGUCAAGGGCGCCUGGAGCAGCUGGAGGAGAAGGUCUCAGGGCUCAAGAAGGAGCUGGUGUCCGCCCAGGAGGCGCUGAACUCGGCCCGGCUGCAGAGGGACGUUCUGGAGAGCGAGAGGGAGGGUCUGCACAGAGCCCUGGCCCGGGCAGAGUCCAGCAACACUGACCUGGAGCUGCUGGUGACCCGGCUGAAGUCGGAGGGUGUGGAGCAAAGGGACUCCCUGGCCAAGAUGGCUGCCCUGACGGAGGGGCUGGCUCGGGACAAAGGCGCCCUGGGCCACCAGGUCCUGCAGCUGGAGCAGGAGCGGGAGCAGCUGCGGGAGCGGCAGAAGGCUCUGGAGCAGGAGCGGGCGGGUGCCCUGGAGCGGCUGGCGCGGGCGGAGCAGCAGCUGGGGCCGGUGCAGCAGGCCUGCGGGCGCCUGGAGGAGCGGCUGCAGGGGCGGGAGGCCGCCUUCGAGCGCCAGAGGGCCCGGCUGCAGGAGCAGGUGGGCCAGAUCACGUGCAAGAAGCAGGCCCUGGAGGAGCAGCUCGCCCAGAGCCUGCAGGACCGGGAGGCCCAGCGGGACACGCUGCAGAGGACCCUGCAGGAGAAGGAGGCUCUGUCUGAGGAGCGGGCCCAGCUGCUGGCCAAGCAGGAGGCCCUGGAGAGGCAGGUCCGGCUCACGGCUGAGGAGGCUGCCGAGCUCAGGGCUGAGAGGGACUCUCUGGAGAGAAGCCUCUUUGAGACCCAGCAGCUGGUGAUGCAGCUCCAGGCACAGCGGGAGCAGCUGGAGGGACAGGCCCGGAGCAUGCGGCUCACUCGGCAGACCCUGCAAGUGGAAAUGCAGCAGCUGAGAAGUGCCUGGGAGGUCCAGGAGACAAAGCUGCAGUGGGACGUAGGGAGGCUUCAGCAGCAGGUGGCACAGCAGGAGCGGGACUUGCAGCUGGCCCUGGAGAGCCAGGCGCUGGCCCACCACGAGGACCUGGCUCGGCUCCAGAGGGAGAAGGAGUCCCUGAGUCUGUCUCUGACAGAGGAGAAGGAAGUGGCAGCUCACCGGCUGGAACAGGAGAAGAAGCUGGUAGCAAAGAAUGCGGCCAAGAGGGAGGCUCUGAAGGAGGAAAUUCAGAGCCUAAAGCAUGAGCGGGAUGAGAGUCUCCUCCAAUUGGAAAAUGAGAUGCAAGAGGCCCUGUCACUGAAAGAAGAAGAGAGGAGGCUGCUGAGGGAAGAACUCUUCAGAGCCAUGCAGGAGCUGGGACAGGUGCGGCAGGAAGCCCAGAGCCAACAAAAGCAAGCCGAGGCCACCGUCAGCGCCACGGCUGCGGAGCUGAAGGCUCUGCAGGCCCAGUUCGAGGACGCCAUCUCGGCCCAUCAGAGAGAGGCCGCGGCUCUGAGAGACAGUCUCCGGGAGAUGGCGGCAGAGAGAAGCAACGCCGGGAGAGAAGCGGAGGGGCUGCGGGCACAGCUGGACGAGGCCCGGGAGGCACUGGCCGUGCUGCGCGGGGAGCUGCAGGGCAGCGAGGAGAGCCGCGAGGGGCUUCGCAGGGAGGCCCUGGAGGCCCGCCGGGCGCUGCGCGAGGAGGCCCUCGAGAAGGCUGUGCUGCAGAGCUCCAACACCGAGCUGCGGGCCGCUCUCCGCAGGGCCGAGCAGGACACGGCCAGUUUUCAGAGGUCCAAGGAAGAAAGGGAACAGAAGGUGCUGGUCCUGGAGGAGGCGCGAGCAGCGGCCCAGAAGGAGGCCUGUGAGCUGCGGGCCAGCCUACGGGAGGUGCAGCAGGCUCGCGCCGACGCCCGCCAGGAGCUCCAGGAGCUGGGCACACAGGUGAACAUGCUGCGGGCUGAGAACCGGAGAAAGAACGGAGUGAGGACAAGAGGCCUGGGGGCGAGGUGCGGAGGGCAGGUGGCUCUGGGACAAAGGGCUUCUACGUGAGCCCUCAUGACCCUCCCACAGGUCCUGAGGCUGCGGCGGGAGCUGGAAGAGGCGGAGGCUGGAGCUGAGGCCCGAAAGCAGCAGCUGGAGGAGGGCCUCUGCCAGAGCCGGGGGGCCGAGCGGACCCUCCGGGCCGAGCUGCACAUGGUCACGGGGAAGCUGCAGCAGGCCGGUAGCGUGGCCGACGGCCUCCAGGCUCGCCUGGACGAGGCCGGCCGCCGGCUCCACAGCCUGGAAGGGGAGCUGGCCCAGGCUGAAGGUGCCAGGCGGCACGCGGAGGCCCAGCUGGGCCAGCUGUGGUCCACCCUGUGCCGCGGCCUGGGGCUGCGGGGACGAGGCCCCUCAGGCUCCCCCGAGUGGCCCGGCUUCCCCAGUACAGGCUCAGAUAGCAUCCAGAGCGCCAGCCCCCCGACCAGGUCCGGCUCACCACUCCGAUGGCCCUCACUGGCACCUGGGGACCCCUGCCCAGAUGUGGACGUGGACUCUGUGCGAGACGCCCUGACAGACUUUGUGCAGAAACUGCGGGUUGCCCAGAGGGAACGGGACGACUGGCACCUCCAGGUGGUGAGCCUGAGCAGCCGGCUGAGUGAGGCAGAGCGCGAGCGUGCCCAAGCCCAGAGCCACGCGGCACGGCUGCAGGAGGCACUGGCAGAGGCGGAGGAAGCCCGGCGCCAGGCGGAGAGUGAGAGGCGCAGGGCCCAGGCAGCGCGCGCCCUGCAGGAGGAGGCGCUCCGGGGCCUGGAGGAGCAGCACCGGGCUCGCAGGCGGGCGGCCAGCUGGGAGAAGCAGAGGCUCCAGGAGCAAGUGGACGCACUGCAUGGGGCCCUGGAUGAGAGCAGAAGGCACAGCCAGGGCCUGGCCCAGAGGGGGACGCGGCUGGAGGCGCAGGUCCCCUGCCUGGGGCGCAGAUGCCAGGAGGCAGAGGGCACGUUGGAGCCCGCGCAGAACAGUGGCCUGAAGCACUCAGUGGGCACAGAGGAGGAGCACGGGGACAAGGCCCUGCCGGCUCAAGCCCUUCCCGCUGCAGCGCUGGCCUGGGCAGAGGAGCAGCGGGGUCCCUCUGGGAGGGAUGUCUGCCUUCGAAGGCCUCCCCGCGCCCAGCUGGCCCCCAGCCUCUCUGACAAGGAGGGCCCGCUGCAGUGCCCGCGGACCAGCAGGCCCGAAGAAGAGCAGGCCACCUGCCCUCCCAGGAAGGUGGGUCGGCCCACCCUUACGGUCACGGUCACGGGAGUCCUGCUUCUCCUGAGAGGCGGGCACGACACUGAGCUGCUGAGCGGGGGGAGCCGAGCCUCCUCCUGGCAGCACGGGCCUGGCCGCGGUGGCAUUGCCCAGGGCCGCGGAGCCAGUUGUGGGCCCCUGCAGCCCAGCAUGCCGGAGGCCACCAAGAAGGGGGCACGGUUGGGGGCAGCUUGCAGCCCCCUAAAGACAGAUGGUGGAGACAUAGGCUUGUUGGGCCUGGGUCAGACUCUCAGGUCGGUGGGCAGCAGGGAGGAGCCCAGGUUCUCACCUCGGGCCCGGAGAGUGGAGCAGGCCCAGGCACAGGCCCAGGGGUCGGGAGCUGGCCACAGGGCCCGGCUGCAGGCCGUGCAGGCCCUGGAGAGCCGGGAGCAGACCCACCGAGCCGAGCAGCAUGCAUUUCCUUAUCACUCCGAGUGUGUUCACGGCCUGAAUGGAAGGGGGUCCAUCCACUGCGGGUGUGCAGUGGCCUCAGUCCAUAGGACCCCUGGGAUGGGUGUCCCUGAAGAGCAUGGCUCCACAUACCCCCAUGUGACAGCCAGCAAGUCCCCUGCCUGCCUGAUGUCUCUCUCCCAGGCACCUGCCUCUCCUCAGGACCCCCAGAGCUCUCCACAACCACGGCCUGGGAGCCCUGGCUACAGGCCCUGCCCGCCCCCUGCCACCGCCCACCCACCUGAGCUCCUGCCCUGUCCCCAGGUGGCCAGUCUGAAGAAGCAGCCGGACCAGGAAGCACCUCGGCAUCAACAGGCCCGCCUCGGCCAGGCCUUGCAGGCCAAGAAGUGAGCCCUGCUUGCCCAAGCCCCCAGGGUGGCCCGACGGCCCCAGCGCCGACCCGACAGCGCAUCAGAGCCGCCACGGGGCAAACGGACAUCUCACGCUGCUCAGAGGACUGUGGUGCCAUGGCCCACAGCCCACCACGCCUCCCCCGGGGUCCUAUACCAGCAGGCGCCCCGCGAUUCCACAGAGCACCGAGCUCCCCCCGGCCCUUGGGACCUCCACCUCUGCGCACCCUGGACCGGCCUCCAGGACACUCCUCGCAGGCGCCGCCCUGCCCCUGGCCCGCACCCGGCCUGGCACUCUGUCUCCACUUGGGACGCACUGAUCUGGCCAGACCCUGGUCACCAGGCCCCAUCAGGCCGGCUCCCGCAGCCACAGGCUGCGUUCCAUGCCUUCAGCUCUAUAAACAUGGGGAAACACGUGGAAAAUAUUUCCACCAACUAGAGCCAAAAACAUAAUGUCCUGCGAGGCCCAGCCACCACUUCCCUACGUCCAGAGGCCGCGGAACCUUCUGUAUCCAGGAAGUGCAGGUCCGUCACAGUGGCAGGUGGCUGGAAAUGACUCAGAAUCAAGUCCCUGUGACUCGCCGGCCACGGGAAGCACUGGCCGUGAGAGCUGAAGCUGUUGCAGAAUCCCCCACUUUUCCAGCCUAUAAACUCUGGGAAAAUUCCCGGGGGAACCGGCCCCAGUUGCUAGGGAGACCGAGGUGGCCAUCUCGGGCCUCUGUGGGGUUCACCUGUCAGCAUUUUUACUCAUUUCCCCCAUGAACGUCGGCCAGAGUGAUUUGUCUUCCUCCCCAAAUGGCCUCCCCUGUUUUGCAAGCGGCACGUUUACGAUACGCAGGGCACCAGCCAGCCCGGUAAAUUCCUGCGUGCACAGGUGCUGGCUGCCCUCCAGGACUCCUGGGGGCGGGCAGGGCCGAGAGCACACAGCCCACCUCACUGCUGUCCCUGCACCUUGCUGCCCGAAUGUGCGAUCGCCGUAUGUCUGUCUCAAGAUCGAUCCAGGGCUUAAAAUAGGCCAUCCUGUCAAGACCUUGCUUUCCGCUUGAAUUUAGCAACGUGUUCCCACAGCCCGUCAUGUGUACGAAAGCAGCGGCUAGAAGGAUGGGAGCAGACGGGUUUCAUUCCGCCCUCAACUCAGCCUGCUCACCGGUGGCUGUGUGGCUCUGGAGCCCAGCCCAGGCUCGGAGGGAAGCGCCGGGUGACCCAUUGGCAGUGGCUGCCUUGGGCCCGGGAGGCCGUACUGGUGCUAUCUGCGGCCCGAUCCGUGCCACCGGUGGAGGCUAGCGGGCAGGUGCACCCCUACUUCAGAAGCGUGCUCUGCCAAAUGGGAAAGGCUGGGGCCCUGACAGGGGACGCGUGGCCCUCGGGGCCUGGCUUUUAGUAGACAGACGCCCCCCAGCAGAAGGACCCCAGGGCCGGGCCAGGCGGGGGUGUGAGGAGGGAGGAACAAGCAGCUGGAGACCCGAGUCUGUGCGUGUCUGCGGCACCCGCUGGCGUUGUAGGUGCUCCCAGCACAGAAGAAGCAAGUGCACGCUCACGGGUGAAAGAGGAAAAUGUAUCUCAGAUGCGGAAGGGGUCGGGUGACUUCUCGUUAGUAAAAUGAAAGCCCCCAUGUUUUGACCGACAUCCUGGUGAUUUGGUGUUUUCCUUGCCCCCGGUUGCACAUGCGGGACUUUCACAGCACCUGUGAGACCUCUCGAUUUUUGUAUGUUAAUAGUUCAACCCAUGUAGGAGAUGCUAGUUUUUACUUACUCAACAUAAAGUCAUACACUUAGGAAAAAGAGGAUUUUUCUAGUGGAAAUAAAUUGGUGUUUCCUUGAGCAUCUCCAGCACAAGGGCCUGUGCAUCUGACAACUACCCCAGAACCUGGAGGAGCCUGGCUCUGUCCUCCCAACAGCACCCUGGGACACCUGUUGACGGGGGACUUCACGGGGGCUUCCCUGACCAGGCUUCCACGAGGUCUUGCUUCUGGACCAAGGCCACAAGGCAGUCCGCAAGAGGUCAGAGUCAAACCCAGAGGCCAGCGAGGCUGCAGGCACAGCGUCCUGCUGACUGGAGGACAGAGACGGACUGGGGGUGCUGAGCAGGGUGGGUCCCAGUGCCUGGGGUGCUGGAACCCUGCCGGGCAUCCACCUGUCCUCACACGCACCACCCGCCCCACACUUCCGGAGGUGAGGUCAAGGCAGGAGGGCCUGGGGCGGGGCCAGGCCGAGAGGACAGGCUCUACUGCUGCCCAUGCCCUCCCUGUGGCCCGAGGGGAAAGGCUCACGGCUUCUUCCUUGACCACCCCGCACGGAGGCCUCCAGCCUGUAAGAGGCCCAGCAGCCCCCACAUCAGUUUGGGACUCAUCAGCCUUGGAGGAAUCCUAGCUCCGCCCCUUCCAGCUGUGUGGUUCUGGACAGGCUCUCUAGCCUCAGUUUCCUCAUCUGUGAAAUGGGUGAGCCCACCCCCGAGGGGCACGGUGAGCCCUCUAUGAGGUAUCGCCCACACUGACACCGGGCCCAUCGUGAACCCUCAGCAACAGGGGUGGGGGCACCAUCACCACCCUGUAGCCACUGCAGGUGGGGUGUACGAAGGAGGAGAGCAGGGAUGCCACAGAGAAAGGGCCCCCCGGGAGCCCAGGGAAGGCCAUGAUUCCCACCAGACAGACGAGGCGGCGGAGGGAGAAUGAACACCCUGAGGACACGGGCCCCAGCCCCCCGCAGCACCCCAGCUCUCGAGGGAGGCAGGGGCUUCACCUGGGCCACCGCUGGAGCAGGAAAUGGGCCAGCUGGAACCAGGGUCACUGAUAUUCCGGCUUCUAAAACAUUAAUUUGUUCAAAUAACUGCAAAUAAAAACUGUGACGAUGAAACCUAUGAAAAAGAAACCCGCCACCGCCCGUACUCCGUGACAGCAGAUCCUCGGGUAAAAUUGGAACAUUCCCGAUGGUUGGGGGCUGCUGCACGUGCCACGCUGAAUACUCUUCUGAAAAACUUUUACUUGACGUUUUAUCACAAGGCUUUUCCCCACGUCAUGAAAAAUGCCACAGAAGCUUGAUUUUAUCAGCUGCCAAACCUCUCAGCAAAGGGUCAUGCGGGGGCCACCUGAGAGCCCUUCUGUCGCACCUGUCCCUGGCGCUUGUGGAACACUCAGGAAGCCAAGCCGAGUCUCUGCC